CUACUCUUUACUUUCAUUCGAGUAAUGUUGUACAUUCCAGUCAACCUAGCUAGCUAGACGCUUAGGAGCCACGCUAUUACGACAUAACCAACGUGUACACUAUAUUUGAUCAAAUCUAGUCUAUUUAUCCUUUCAUUUGUUAUUUCUGGCUUCUAGUUUGGUCCAAAUUAUUUAUAUAUCAAUCGAUCACAACCCAACGAAUUAGUUGAAAUAAAAUUGGAGAUAGAAAGCAAACAACAUCAUGCCAUCAACAAGGUCAUGGGAAAUGGAGCACGAUGAGUGCAUCAGUUGUGGCGGUUUUAUUGGGUUCAAGAGAAACCAAGUGAUAGAUUGCAGCAGCGAGAUAGGAGAUUCUGAUACAGAGGAGUUGUUUGAGAUAAAUCUGAAGGAGAAGGAGCCUUUGGCUUUGGAUGCAAUAAGAGAAGACUGCGAGAUCAGCACUGUGUUCUCGCUUGAUAUUGAUAUUCACGACGGCGGUAGCGGCAACGAUGAUGAUGUUGUUUAUGUGGCAGUAGGCAAGGAUGGAGAUUCGAGCAUGGAAGCUCUUUCAUGGGCAUUGAAGCACGCCGUGACACCCUCUGCCACCGUUUGUAUCGUACACGUUUUCCCUCAAGUCAAGCUCAUUCCAAGUCCAUUGGGGAAAAUUCCAAGGAGCCACGUAAAUCUAGAGUAUGUUAACAUGCAUUUGACACAGGAGAAAGGCAAGAGAAAAUUGCUCCUUCAAAAGUUCAUUGACCUCUGCGUUGAUUCGAAGGUUAAGGUGGAGAUGAAGCUUAUCGAGGGUGACAAUGUUGCUAAAACCAUCGUGGACCUUGUCGGAAAUCUUAAUAUAAGGAAAUUGGUGAUUGGAAUUACCAAAUCUAAUUUAAGAAAAUCUGGGUCUAGAAGUCAUAAUUCCAUAGCGGCCAAGGUAUUGAAAAAUGCACAGGAGAGCUGUGACAUAAAAAUCAUCUGCGAAGGAAGAGAAGUGAUCGACCAGAUGAGUGAUUGCACUUCACCACGCUCCAUAGACGUCAAAGGGAGUUUGAGACUUUCACAGGAAAAAAAUGAAUCCCGUGGAUUUGUCCCACUUAAGCAUUUUAUGCCCAGUUCGUUAUGGUUAUUUAGGUCCAUCACCAAGAUGAGAUGAGUAAAUAUGCACCCGACCAAAAAUCAUAUACUAACUGAAAAAUAAUGUUGUCACUUGUUUGAAUUUUGAUUAAUGUUUUGGUUGUUGCUUAAGACUCUUCAAAUAGUUUCUGAAAAAUUGUUCAGCUGAUGAAAUUGAAGGUUGAAUGGGUACCAUCUGUUGCUUCAGUUUUGGUUAGUUUCGGUUCUAUUGUCGGUGCGGUAACCUCAGCCUAUAUGUAUUUCAAGUGCAGUCUUGUACCCGUGUUCCUUAUAUUGAGUAACUCAUACACCUGUUUGUUUUAUUCAUUAACAUGUAAAAUGCUUUACAAAUGUCAGUCUAUUUCAGCUAUCAGCACCUUCUGUCUCUGUCAGUUACUAGUUAGGCAUAUAUAGACAUUUCUCUUAGGCUACCAUCUGUCUUAAAUAUAAAGCUGAUGAGGAAAUGAUGGAAGCAAGUUGUAUUAAGUUGAUGCAAUAUGGCUAUGUUUGAUACCGUAUCUGUAUGAUGAUAGUAAAUUGAUAGCUGCAGAUGCUAUGCUAGAUUGGAAUACAAUGAUUGGAUGAUCA